AACUUAUAAAUUAUAUAUAUGUGUGUUAUUUAAAAACUAAACUAAUAAUAAUAAUUUCAAAAAAUUAACAAAAUUUUAAAAACUAAUAAUUUUUUGUUUUAUUUAAUAAAUAUGUAUCGUUUGAUUGAAUUAAUGAUUUUAGCAGCACUUAUUGGUGCCAUACUAUUGACCCAAUCAGCCAGCGCUGGAUUUUUAAGAUAUAGCGGUUACGGUGGUUAUGGUGGUGGUAAAGGUUAUGGAGGUUAUGGUGGUGGUGGUAGAGGCUAUGGUGGUUAUGGUGGUGGUGGAGGCUAUGGUGGUUAUGGUGGUGGUAAAGGUUAUGGAGGUUAUGGUGGUGGUGGUGGCUAUGGACGUGGAUACGGUUAUGGCUAUCAUGGUUAACUUAUAACAAUGGUUAACUCACCAAUUAAAAACUGGUUUAUCAAGUUUAUAUAAAAUUAAUAUUUAUUAAAAAAAAUAUAAACUAAAAUUAUAAUUAUUUUAAUUGUUUUAUACAC